AUGAAGAAGAAGCUUAGCACUCGUUUUCCUGCGACUAGGAUUAAGAAGAUUAUGCAAACUGAUGAGGAAGUUGGGAAAAUUGCAAUGGCGGUCCCUCUUCUUGUUUCUAAAGCUUUGGAGCUAUUUUUGCAAGACUUAUGUAAUCGCACACAUGAUGUAACUCUAAGCCGAGGCGCAAAAACAGUUAACUCUGUUCAUUUGAAGCAGUGUGUGCACGCGUUUAAUGUCUUUAAUUUUCUAAAAGAGACUGUUGAUAAAGUUCCUGAUUUGGGUGGUUCAGAAGCUGAAGACCGAUCUGCUACCAAAAGAAGGAAAGUUGUCGAUGAAAGCAGUUGCAACUAUGAAGAUAUGAUGAAGACUACUCAAAUGCAUGAGGUCAAACAUACUGGUGUUAGCAGAGGAAGGCGAGGUAGAGGUCGCGGACGGGGUGGUGGAAGAACGGUAAGUGUCCAGUCUCUCAAGUUUGAAGAUGAUGUAGAAGAUGUUUCUCCCGAAAGCAGCAGGAGCCCGUCUUUUGAAAACGCGAACCUUUCUCAUGAUGAGAAACCUGAAUGUUUCCAAGAACACAACAAUCAUAGUAGUACUAGUGACUCAGGGUUGAAAGUAAGGAGUUUCGAUCUGAACGUGGGAUUAGACGAGAACGAGGACUCUGAGGAAAGCCGAGGUUGGCCGUUCUUGGGGUUGAACGAAAUGAAAAUCGGUCCAUAUCAACAAGCUAGUAGUGCUAAUGAGGAGGAUUAUGAUGAAGAAAGCAUAGAUGAGGAAUGA